UGCGCGUAUAUAAGUUCUGGGUGAUGCUGUGCACGCGAGCUUGAGGUUGAUCGGCAUAGCAAGUCACGAUGAAGUUGCUUUCGCUUUCAACUGUCGGGCUGCUUGCCUUGGCUGGUUUGUCGAUUGGACAAGAGACAAAGGAUGUGCCAAUUCAAGACAAUGGACUCACAAACAUCGUUGAAUGGGACGACCAUAGUUACCUCAUCAAUGGCGAGAGAAUCUUUGUCUUCUCUGGAGAGUUCCAUUACUGGCGUCUGCCUGUACCCGAACUUUGGCGCGACUUGCUAGAAAAGAUCAAAGCCGCCGGCUUCACAGCCUUCAGCAUCUACAACAGCUGGGGCUACCACGAAGCGACCCCAGGCGUCCUCGACUUCGAAAAUGGCGCCCACGAUUUCGUGUCGAUCAUGACCCUUGCCAAAGAGCUCGGCCUCUAUCUCCUGAUCCGUCCUGGUCCCUACGUCAAUGCCGAGGCUAACGCCGGAGGCUUUCCUCUGUGGGUCACGACCGGAGAGUACGGCAAGCUUCGAAACGAUGAUCCUAGAUACACUAAGGCUUGGUCUAAGUAUUGGACUGAGAUUUCCAAGAUUAUUGAGCCACAUCUCAUUACCAAUGGCGGCAAUGUUGCCAUGUUCCAGAUUGAGAACGAGUUAGGCGGCCAGUGGAAGAAUGACGACAAGAGAAUCUUGAACGAGCCUACCGCCAACUACAUGCAACUUCUCAAGGAGUCCGCCAGAAAGGCCGGCAUCGAUGUUCCUGUGUUCCACAACGCGCCCAACACUCGUACAUUUUCUUGGUCCAAUGACUUCGAGCGCAAUGCAACCGGCAACGUCGAUGUCACUGGUGUCGACAGCUACCCCUCCUGCUGGAGCUGCAACCUCGACGAAUGCACCGGCACCAACGGCGAGUACGUCCCUUACAACAUCCAAGACUAUGUCACCUACUUCAAUAAGCAAUCUCCCCGUCAACCUCACUUCUUGCCUGAGUUCCAGGGCGGUUCCUACAACCCAUGGGGCGGUCCAGAGGGUGGAUGCCCUGGCGAUAUCGGCCCUGACUUUGCCAACAUUUUCUACCGUGACUUGCUCGCACAGCAAGCCACCGCCAUUUCUCUGUACAUGAUGUACGGAGGCACAAACUGGGGUUGGUUCGCUUGCCCUGUUGUUGCAACUAGCUACGAUUACUCUUCGCCUAUCUCUGAGAACCGUGCUAUCUGGGAUAAGUACUACGAGACCAAGUCGCUGACUCUCUUCACGCGGGUUGCGCACGAUCUUACCAAAACCAUCCGAGUCACCAACAGUACUUCCCUUUCUACGAACGAUGCCAUCUUGAUAUCCGAGCUUCGACAUGAAGAGAACGAUGCUGCUUUCUACGUUGCCCGACACGAUCACUCACCUUCCGGUACCAAAGAGACCUUCAAGCUUCAUGUUAAGACCUCGGAGGGCAAGCUCACCAUCCCCCAGAACGAGGGCUCAAUUACCAUUAACGGCCAUCAGUCCAAGGUCAUCCCAACUGACUUCCACUUCGGCAAGAAGACACUCCUCUACUCGACGGCCGAGGUCCUCACCUACUCCAUCAUCGACAACAAGGAGGUCAUUGUCCUCUGGCUUCCUGAGGGCGAGCAAGGAGAGUUCACUCUCAAGGGACACACCGAGCUCAAGCACGACAAGUCUCUGAAGGGCAUUAAGGUCAAGGCUGGCAAGAAGAGCGUUACUGUCAACUACACUCAGCAGAAGGGUCUUUUCACUCUCAACCUGAAGGAUGGCUCCACCAUUGUUCUGGCUGAUCGAAAGACUGCUUACAAGUUCUGGGCUCCUACACUGGAUAACAACCCUUUUGCGCCUGUCAAUAAGACUGUUCUGAUUCACGGCCCCUACCUCGUCCGCCACGCCACCAUCAAGAACGGACAACUCAACAUCCAGGGCGACCUCGACAGCGCCACCGAAAUCACUGUCUUUGCUCCCGAGUCUCUCAAGUCCAUCGCCUGGAACGGUGAGAAGGUCAAGGUUUCGUCCAAAGAAGGCCACAAGUACACCAUCAAGCUCAAGGGACCUUCAAAGGUCACGUUGCCCAAGCUUGAGUCCUGGAAGUUUGCCGACAGCUUGCCCGAAAUCAAGACCGACUACAAGACUUCAUCCUCGGCCUGGGUUGUUGCCGAUAAGAAGAACACCACCAACGCGGUCCUCGUCCCCGAUCUGAAGAACCCCGUGCUCUACGUCGAUGAGUACAAGAUCCACUACGGAAACCACAUUUACAGAGCUACUUUCCCCACCACUAGCUCUGCCCCUACCGGUGUUUAUCUGAACCUCACUGGUGGCAUGGCCUUUGGCUACUCCGUCUGGCUGAACUCGGAUUAUAUCGGCUCUUACCUCGGUGAAGCUACCACUGGCCAUGCAGGUCAAGAGUUCUCCUUCAAGAACGCCACUCUGUCGAAGAAGGAGAACGUUCUGGUGGUUCUGAUGGAUAACUCUGGCCACGAUCUACGUGAUGGCGCUCUUGACCCUCGAGGUAUCACCAACGCUACUCUCAUUGGCCCUGCCAAGGGCGGUUAUAAGUUCUCUGAGUGGAAGAUUGCUGGUCAUGCUGGAAGCGUUGAAGGCGAGGUCAUCGAUCCCAUCCGCGGCCCCCUCAACGAAGGUGGUCUCUACGCUGAGCGUAUCGGCGCUCACUUGCCUGGCUUCUCCGACAAGAAGUGGAAGUCUUACUCCUCUAAACAGGGAACUCUCGUCAACCCUUCGGCUGGAGUCCGUGCCUACAGAACGACCGUUGAUCUUGAUAUUCCCGAUGGCCUAGACGUCGGUGUCUCGUUCAAGCUUACAGCGCCUUCCAACAUAACCUUCUCCGCCACCAAGAAGGACUACAGCAACCAAGUCAGAGUUCUUCUGUUUGUCAACGGCUACCAGUAUGGACGAUUCAACCCAUACAUCGGCAACCAGAUAUCCUUCCCCGUUCCUCCUGGUGUUCUGAACUACAAUGGAGAAAACACCAUCGCUGUUACGGUCUGGAGUCAGAGCGCUCAGGGUGGUGAGGUCAAGGUCGAGUGGGAGGUUGACUAUGCCCAUACAUCCAGCUUCGAUGUCAAGUUUGACAGCAAGUAUCUCCGCCCGGAUUGGACCAAAGAGAGACUGCAGUACGCUUAGGAAAUUAGUAGAGUUACGUGUUACGAAGUGGUGUUUGAGAGUUAAACAUGUUAGUUAUUAAGACAUUAGUCAUGUUCGCUAGACCAAAAUUUAGUGAAGCUCGGUUGGCUUCACGAAGACCCAGUUCUUGUCAGCUGUAACCGGUAGUCCUUCCUUCUUCUGAGCAAUUGUGUUGUUCUUGAUCAUGCCGUCAAUCUGCUCUCUGUAAGCAGGCUUACGAUCAACCCAAAGGUGAAUACCGCCACGCGCAACAUCAACACCCUGGAAAAUCAUGGGACCGUCACUAUCAGGAGUAUCACCACCAGCAAGAAUAGGCCUGUUCCACUCAUCGAUGUAGGUGAGAAUAGCAGCCCACUUUCCAGACUUCCAAGUAGCUGGGGCCCAGAGCCAGGGAGUCAUCUCAGCAUCAAGGUUCUGCUUCUGUGUCUUUUGAGUGUAGACACCAUCCUCAAUCUGUUUGCGAGCAGUAGUGAUCUCGCCCUUCUUGGUCUUGAGGAAGAGAGAUACACCGAUGACGUUCUGGGGAGGGACGUUGUAGCCGUAUUUGGGAUCGCUAGCAACCAUGCGGACAAGCUCUUCGGAAGCAGCGCUGACAACGUAGACCUUAAUGCCGUUGGCCAUGAGGCGGUUGUACAGCUCGACCUGGCCCUCGAAGAUCUUGGGAGGGGAGACUUCGGUGGCUGUAACCUUGUCGUCCUCAAAAUAAGUGGUGGGAAUGGUCUUGUUGUAGGCCAUCAGCUCAUCGACGUAGCCCUUGAGCUCACCAAGAGGGAAUCCGCUGAAGAUUUGCGCGGCCCAAGGAUAGCAGACAGCAUCCUCGAUUUCGCAGAGGCGCAAGUAGUAGCUGUACAACGACUCCUUGUGCUUCUUGGUGUCCUUGAAAGGGACCAGCUUAAGAGCAGGGUCCAUGGUCUCUCGUGUAAGAACACCCUUGUUCUCAAGGUAAGGAAGAAGCGAUUCCUCCAGAUCAAAUUGAUAGCUGGUGUUGUCCAUGUCGAAGACAGCAUAGCGACCAUUGUUGGCAUUGCGAGCAAUCAUCUUGUUGAGAGCUUUGGCAGCUUGGGCAGGCCAAUGCUUGAGCUCGGGACCCUUGAGACCAUAGUUGCCAUUGGAGGGAGCGGCAACGGAGGGAGUGCUUAGGCUUGUCAGCCAAAGGGCAUUGACAACGAGAUUGAUGCUGGGUCUCAUGGUGAAAAGGCUUGAGGUGAGGUGAGGAGUGAAAAGCGUGAGGAACCUACUUUUCAGCUUCAACUUGGGAUGGGAUUCA